AUGACUUGCGAAACGGUAAGCGGCUUAGGUAUAAGCCUGGCCUUGAGCGCUCGGUCAUGUAAUUUUCAAGGUAAAAAAAUGGUUAAAAAAAAUUUUAAAGUUGUAGGAAGCACUGAAAACAAAAUAAUCAUUCUCGAUUUGCAUAUUGCGAGUGAUCUCCUAGAGUUGGUGAAUAUUAGAGACCGUAGGAAUCUCUACGAUUUUGGAAAGGCGUUGCACAGCCAUCUUGCAAAGGUUUUAGGAAAGUUUAAUUAAUGCAUUCACCGUUUCCUUGAAACUCUUUUAAAUAGCUAGUUCUGAACUAUUCUUUGGGACUUUGCGACGAUUCUCUGAUUAAAGGCCUGAUUAAAAAUUAGAGCAAAAUGGAUAAAAACGUGGACUGCUAAAAGGUAGUCUGCCUCAUUGAGAGCUCAGACGAAUUAUUUUACAAUCAUUUUUAAAGCAAUACAGUUAUUUUAAACCUCGCGGCGCCGCUACAGCCAUUCUGGAGGUUGCAGUGCAAUUGCUUUACUGUCCUUGUUUUCCAAGGCUAAUUUUCUGUCACAUUCUUCAUAGGACCCCUAACUAACACUACCCUACAUUCUGGUUUCAUUUCCAAAACUCGUCAAUUAAUCGUCAAAAGUCCGUGGAUUUUUAAAAACUCUCUGGAGAUCUGUGAUAAUCAGGGUUUCGAAAGGAAAUCCCAUCCAUCAAGCUCUUCUUUUCAGCGAAAUUUACUUGAGGAAAAUUACUUUUAAUAAUCCAUCAUAUGACAUCACCUCCGGGGAUUUUCGUAAUCUCAGCGAAAGCGGUUAAGAUUUGGUUUUGAGGUAGAAGCAGUAGAGUGCAUAUGCGGACGUAAUCGCAGUAGAAAAAGCACAAUUUUAGACUAAAAGAUAAGUUGUUUCUUUUGUGAUAUCCACAUGUCUACAGAAGUCAGGCCCUACCGUAGUAUUCUCAUCUCGGAGCGUUUCAAUCUGUCGUUGAAAUAGGAAGCCUUCAGAGGAAAUAUCAGAAGACAUUACUCUUGCUCUGACCUUGUGAUUGAUCGGGUUAGGUCAUGAUAAUUUAAUCUGUUCACAGGAAUGACGCUUCGGUGAAAUUCUGGAAGUAAUUUUUAUAACUAGCAAGCGGAUAAGUAUAAAAUUAAAUAAAGAGAAAGAACGGUCUGUCAAGUCCUUGCGAAACACUAGCCAAAAUUAUUUAGAACAUGCUCGGGUUCGUGUACCAAAAAUUUGAUGAGUGCUUCCCCUUGCAAUUAAAAAUAUAAUAUAUGUUCUUAACCUUCACAAAAACCAAUUUUCAGCUUCUCCUUGUCCUCCUGACAUCCAUCUGCUCCUGUAUCGACAUUGCUUGUUGUGUGCUUUCGCCACACGCAUCAGUUGUUUACUUCUUCCUUGUUUUGGUAUUCAUCUCCAUAAUUGCAUUUGCUGCGUCGAUCGGUGUACAUUUCUGGUUCCAACCAAAUUAUUUGAAGGCCAUCAAAGCUUAUUCUAUCCUCAGAGUCACACUGGACGCGCUGAUUCUCAAUGGAAUCGCUUACUUGGUGACUGUUCACCUUGAAGGCAAGUUUAGUCAAGAACUUUUGUUAUGUAAUUUAAUUUUUAGGUGAACAACUUCAAUUGUAUCCUCUUGGAGGGCUGAUUUUGGUCUCGCUGCUACUUCAUACUUUGCAAAUUCCGUGUGUGAAUAGACUGGUUGCCAAAAGGGAAGCAAACGGCCAAGAAAACGAAAGGAAAACUGCUGAUGAUUCGAAUAUUCCGUAUGGAGCCUUGCCAUGA